CGUCAACACGAAAGUCAAGUUGCCCAAGAUGUCACUCGAAGAGAGGCUGAGUAAAGUGCGGGACUCGCCCAAACUUCAAAAUCAGCAGCAAAAUGCUGUGGUGCUCUCCGCCAUUGAAGAGACGCUCAAGCAACAGGGCUCAGAAUUCACCCCCACCGCAUAUUUCGCCGCGCUGCUUUCACUGCUAGCACGGCAGGUCUCUAGCGACGGUAUAGCAAACAAAGACACAGCGACCUCAGUUAUCUACCUCCUCGACCUCGUUACACCUCAUGUCCCCGCCCCACUCCUCCGCUCCAAAUUCACCGAAAUCCUUACGAGCCUCGCCCCUGCGCUCACCCACUCCGAUGCAGAAGCGCCGCUCCUCCGAUCUUCGAUUGGCUGCUUAGAGAGCUUGUUGGUGGUACAGGAUGCGCGGGCUUGGGAACUACCACAGACCCAAAUCAGUCCGCGCAGGGCUGUAGCGGGACUAUUGCAAAUCGCCGUAGACCAGCGACCUAAAGUGAGGAAGAGGGCGCAGGAGGCUUUAGCAAAGGUUUUGAGCAACGGACCUCCAAGUCCGUCGUUGGACCACCCUGCUGCGGAUAUGUGCGCCGAGACUGCAUUGAAGAUGCUGAAUGAUAUCGCGGAGGCUGCGGGCAAGACCCAGAGUCAGAAGAAGAGGAAGGAGGCGCAAAGCAAUGAGCCUGGUCUGAUUCACGCUUUGCAUUUGAUUAAGACAGUGGCAUCUACGUCUGGCGGCUGGCCGAGUCGGAAAACGGAUAUUUUGUGUGAACUUCUGCUCAAUAUUUCCCGGUCAAGCAGCGAGUAUCUCACCAUGGCGGCAUUCGAGAUCUUCGAGGUUAUCUUCGCCGGUAUGGCGGACGAAGUUUCUUCGGCGAAGUUGCCUCGACUUCUGGAAGUCAUUUCGGAAUUGCAGCCCUCGAAGAACGACACACAACUCCUACCUCCUUGGAUAGCGGUCAUUUCACGUGGCUACGAAGUCGCCGCUCAACUCGAACCCGAAGACACUUUCAUGAAACUUCCCGAUCUAUUUACCAUGGUGUCCUCGUUCCUCGAAUCGCCUUCCCACAAUAUCCGCAUCUCCGCCUCCGAAUGUUUGAUUUCUUUCAUUGUGAAUUUGAUACCCGAUAGUGUGAUUUUGGAGCCGUCCAUUUACGACGAGAAGAUACUGGAGAAGGUGGCCAAGACGGCGCAAGAGCUUUUGAGUGUGAAGUACCAGGCGGCGUGGAUGGAAGUCUUCAACAUGUUGUGCGCAAUGUUUGAGGGGCUUAGAUGGCGCGCGGACCCCAUUUUCAAGCCGGUGCUCAAAAUUGUGGGCGAGCUGAGAAGCAACGAAUCUUUCUCUGGUAAAAAGGAGGCAGACGCUGUUAUUUCGAGAGCGAUCGCUGCAAUGGGUCCGGAUGUUGUACUUGAAGUGCUGCCACUGAACCUACCGAGACCGCCGCCAGGCCAACAGGGUAGAGUUUGGCUGCUUCCUCUUCUCCGCGACUCCGUACACAACACAAAGCUGGCGCAUUUCAGAGCCGAGAUGGUGCCUCUCAGCGAGGUCAUGUUCCAGAAAGUUAUCGAACACGGCAAUGCAGAGAAGACAAUGGAGAUCAAGGUUUUCGAAACAGUGGUACAGCAGAUAUGGUCGAUUCUACCAGGCUACUGCGAUCUUCCUCUCGAUUUGGUGGAAAGCUUUGAUCAAAGCUUCGCCGAGAUGUUGGCUAAUCUGUUGUACGGACAAGCAGAGUUGCGAACAGAUAUUUGUAAAGCGCUUCAGCACCUGGUCGACAGCAACAAAGCCAUUGUGGAGUUGGACGAAGAGCAAGAAGAUUUAGUAGCGCAAGCUCGAGUGUCCAGAGCACAAGCGAAGAAGAAUCUGGAGCACUUAGCCGGCUUUGCUGGUAACAUGCUUGCAGUAUUGUUCAACGUAUACAGCCAGACAUUGCCACAGUACAGGGGAACAAUUCUCAGGACGAUCAAUGCCUACCUAAGCAUCGUGCCUGAAAAAGAACUCAUGGAGACUUUCGAACGCGUCGGCGCCAACCUCGAGGCUGCACUUCCCAAAAGCGGACCUCAGACUCAAGCAGACAAGCAAAAGCAAGGCAAGGGACAGGAUAAGAUGCCACCGAUGAGCCACACUCUGAUGGACCUUAUCAUCACGAUUGCUUUCUAUCUGCCCCGCGACAGUUACCCGGCUUUGUUCAAUAUGGCUUUCAUCAUGAUCAACAAGGACGAUGAUACCCAGUUACAGAAGAAAGCCUACAAGCUUAUUCCAAGACUUUCGGAAUCUGAGAUCGGAAAACAGGCAUUGAAAGAACGAAACGGCGAGCUCCAGCAGCUUCUCCUUGGAAGUGCGGAGAAAGUGUCGGGGCCCGCCAAGAGGGAUCGACUACUGGCACUGUCUCAAGUUAUCGAGCAUCUGCCCCAGUCGGAUCUCCACUUCAUUCCGUCCAUAUUGUCGGAAGUGGUCAUAUGCGCCAAGGAAGUGAAUGAGAAAGCACGAGAAGCUGCCUAUGAUCUGCUCGUCGCCAUGGGCGAGAGAAUGGCUCAGGGCGGUACCGUGCUGCAGAACAAGGUUCCUAACAUGCCUGAGGAUGCACCCACUGUAGAGGCUUCAUUGGAAGAGUACUUUACCAUGGUUUCUGCUGGUCUCGCAGCAUCCACCCCACACAUGAUUUCCGCCUCCAUCACGGCUGUUACGCGCAUUCUCUACGAAUUUCACUCAAGGAUAUCUCAGGCUACGGUGCAGAACUUACUGGAGCUCAUGGAUAUCUUCCUACAGAACCCCAACCGCGAAAUCGUUCGCAGCGUACUCGGAUUUGUCAAAGUAGAGGUCAUCACACUCCCCGAAUCCUUGGUGAAGCCGCGUCUGCCCACCCUCCUUGGAAAUCUGAUGGUCUGGAGCCACGAGCACAAGGCUCACUUCAAAGCCAAGGUUAAGCACAUUGUCGAGCGCAUGAUCCGCAAAUUCGGCGUAGAGGCCGUCGAGCGCGCGUGCCCAGCUGAGGAUCGCAAACUCAUCACCAACAUCCGCAAGACACGCGAGCACCGCAAGAAGAAGAAGCUCCAAGCCGAAGAAGAUGGCGAAGACGUCAAAGAAAAACCCAAAGGCAAAUUCGAGAGCGAAUACGACCAGGCCAUGUACGGGAGCGACAGCGACGACAGCGAAGCCGGCGACUCGGAAGACGACUUCGUCAAAUCCCAAAGCAAACAGCAACAGCGCCCCGGAAAAUCAAAGAGCGGAAACACAUAUAUCGUCGAAGACGAAGACGAGCCCCUGGAUCUCCUCUCCAAACGCGCUCUCGGAAACAUCUCGACCACAAAACCCCUUCGUCGCCGCGAGGCGCCGCAGAAGAAGACAAAAGCCCGGACAGAUCUGGAUGGCAAGCUCAUCCUUGGAGACUCCGACGAGGAUGAGCCAUCCGCUCGCUCAGCCAGCAAGAAGGGCGUCCGUUUCGCUGCUGCUGACAACGACAACGAUGGGUCCGCGCUCAUGGACGUCGACAACGACGGCACGUCCCUCGAGGCCGGUAUCAAUGCCUACGUCGACGCCAUCCGUGGCCGCGACGCCGCACAGCGCGGGCAAAAGGGUAAACUCAAGUUCAGCAACAAGAAGCGCAGUGAAGAUGAGAUGGACGUUGACAGCGAUGACGAUGACAAGGAAGCCAGACGGCAGAAGAGCGGCAGUGGUAUGGGCAGGGGUGGUAGAGGUGCCAAUGGCGGGGGUGGAAACUUCAAAUCCCAAAGGAAAGGACUGGGUGUGCAGAAAGGAUGGGGAGGUGGCGGCAGCGGUGGUUCUGGAAAAGUAGAGAAGGGUAGAAGUCCCAGGGGAAGGGGUGGAGGGAGACGAGGUAGAUGAUUUUCCCCCGGAUCCUUCCUCACUGUUCAGAAGGGAGUAACGUAAAAGUGUGGCAACGGCAAGCGUGGUUAUAAGGCGUUAUCAUCCAAAUUCCAUUCCAUCUUCUUCAAUUCACCGCUCUUCCCAAUUUCCUCAUUGAAGCCAUACCACAAGAAAAACAAAAGAACACAGAGUGUUGGACUCUAUAUCUUCAUUGUCCAUUCCCUCGCCGAUCUACUGAUCCAUCAUCGAGCUCACCCAACACAACAACUCACCCAACACCCAACCAUCACUUUUUCCCAUUUCCCUAUAUCCAUCCUCUACCCAAAAAUUCACACGUCAGCACCAAGCCACCUCACCUAACCCAAACAACCCCUCGAUCAAUUGAGCACCUAGAUAACUCAGCCACGGACCAAACAUCUAGCCAUCCAUCCAAACACAAACACAAACACACCCCCUCUCUCCCCACAACGAGUGAGAACUUAAGCAUAUAGCUAAGCUUCGCCCGGCGUCAGCCCUAAAAGCUUAUCAUCCCCUCUCCUCCCCUUCCAACAACUCUAAAAUCUUCUUCGUACGAGCCCCACGGAACCUGUGUCCUGCCUGGAGCUUAAAGGCAGAUCUAUCGUGUGAUUUUUUCCAUACCAAGUGUUGGUGCCGCAUAGAAUAUGGCGAUGAUCAAAUAAAUAGACUUCGUACCGUUUUCUUCCUUGAUGUCUGAGGCUUAGCAGAAUAGCGGCAAUAUUAUGUGACUAACGGAUCCAAUGGAAUUCACGUUGCCAUCAUCAUCAUAGUUAUUAUUGUUUGUAUUUAGAUGAACCAUUUGACGCAGAAGUAGCACAGAAUCUACAACUUCCUGCUGAGCUAGGCGAGUGAUGGUAAUCGGGCCGGUUGGAAUCCGUGUAUGGUACUUGGGGUUGCGUGACGAAUGGGGGGUCCGAGUAGUGCGAUUGCAUGUAGUGUGUUAUCACUAACUAUCUAUAUUUAGCACUGCCGACUCGAGUACGUAGCCAGAUUCCACAAUAACUAGUGUGAUUUGUUCGAGUAACGGUUCCUGUCAUCGUUGUUGGUUUAGACAUCAAGGCAACUCUGGU